CCUAUCCAGACCGACCGGACCGGUUUGGACUCUACUCCCCAUUUACAACUCUCCAUAUGUUCUCCACCGCCGAGAUGCAGCUCAGCUUUGAUUUGAGGGCAAUUUAUUAAACACCCAGGAGCUGCUUCUGUUUUGCUUUUAUUUUACAUUUCUUUUAAUAAUUUGCAACCCCAAACUCCAAAUGCUUCGCCUGCCAGUCUCGCUUUGCAUGUGGCUAUAUCCGGUGGUUCCAGUUUGCGUGCAGGUGCUUUAGGAGAAAAGGUUGCACAGGGGCUUUUUUUUAAAAUCAGGCUAUUAUUUUUAUUUUUUAAACUCCUCUUUAUCUCUUUGGAAGCUAAACCACAAAUUUUUAUUUUCACAAUGGCCGAUGCGAACGGUGAAUGCAAUAUCAAGGUGUUAUGUCGAUUUCGUCCACUGAACCAGUCCGAAAUUAUCCGCGGAGAUAAGUUCAUCCCAAUAUUUCAAGGAGAAGACACUGUCAUCCUCGGGGGGAAGGCGUAUGUGUUUGACCGAGUCUUCCCAACUAACAGCACACAGGAGCAGGUCUACAGCACCUGUGCCAAGCAGAUAGUCAAAGAUGUACUGGGAGGAUACAAUGGGACUAUCUUUGCCUAUGGGCAGACUUCCUCAGGAAAGACACACACCAUGGAGGGGAACCUUCACGAUCCCCAGGGAAUGGGGAUAAUACCGCGGAUUGCUGAGGACAUUUUUGAACAUAUAUUUGCCAUGGAUGAGAAUCUUGAAUUCCACAUAAAGGUCUCCUACUUUGAGAUCUACAUGGAUAAAAUCCGGGACCUGCUGGACGUGACAAAGACGAAUCUGUCAGUGCACGAAGACAAACACAGAGUUCCUUAUGUGAAGGGCUGCACUGAGCGCUUUGUCACAAGUCCCGAGGAGGUGAUGGAUGUGAUAGAUGAGGGGAAGGCCAACCGUCACGUUGCUGUCACCAAUAUGAAUGAGCAUAGUUCCCGCAGUCACAGCAUCUUCCUGAUUAACAUCAAACAAGAAAACGUGGAGACUGAGCAGAAGCUGAGUGGGAAGUUAUAUCUGGUUGACCUAGCUGGCAGUGAGAAGGUCAGUAAGACAGGCGCCGAGGGAGCGGUGCUGGAUGAGGCUAAGAACAUCAAUAAAUCUCUGUCGGCCCUGGGGAACGUCAUCUCAGCGCUGGCUGAAGGAACGAAAUCCCAUGUGCCAUACCGUGACAGUAAAAUGACUCGCAUCCUACAGGACUCGCUGGGCGGGAACUGCCGCACCACCAUGUUUAUCUGUUGCUCUCCCUCUAGCUACAACGAUACAGAGACCAAAUCCACCUUGAUGUUUGGCCAACGAGCCAAGACCAUUAGGAAUACUGUAUCAGUGAACCUGGAGCUCACAGCAGAGCAGUGGAAGAAGAAGUAUGAAAAGGAGAAGGAAAAGAACAGGUCAAUGAAGGAAACUAUUCAAAGACUCGAGGCAGAGCUGAACUGCUGGAGGAACGGUGAGGAUGCUGCUGUGCCGGGGCAGCUGUGUGAAGGAUCUGAGGAUGCCCCCCUGGUUCUUCCAGAAUCUGAGGAGUCAGUUCUUGACGUAUGCAGCCCCUGCAGCCCCUGCACCCCCUGCUCUAUUGCCUCCUCCAUUGUGGUUCACAUCUCUGAGGAGGAGAGGCAAAAGUACGAGGAGGAGAUUCGCAAGCUCUACAAACAGCUGGACGAUAAGGAUGACGAGAUCAACCACCAGAGCCAGAUGGUGGAGAAGCUGAAGGAGCAGAUGCUCGACCAGGAGGAGCUUCUCGCAUCGUCCAGAGGUGACAGUGAGAAGGUGCAGUCGGAGCUCGGCAGGCUGCAGGCCGAGAAUGAAUCCUCAAAGGCCGAAGUAAAAGAGGUUCUUCAGGCCCUGGAGGAGCUGGCGGUCAACUAUGACCAGAAAAGCUUAGAAGUCGAGGAGAAGAGCGUGCAGAACAAGCUCCUGGCUGAGGAGCUUUCAAAGAAAAUGCCUGUGGAGAUCACCGGAGUGAUCGAGGAAGAGUUCACAGUGGCUCGCCUCUACAUUAAUAAGAUAAAGUCAGAGGUGAAGUCCAUGGUGAAGCGCUGUCGCCACCUGGAGAACCUACAAACCGAGUGUCACCGCAAGAUGGAGGAGACGGGCAGAGAACUGUCUUCGUGUCACCUUCUCAUUUCACAGAGCAUGUCACAAGUGACCAGGGGGGACAAUCACACGUCUGCCCAGAACUCCUGUGAUAUAAAGAGGGCUCUGGAGCAGCAGAUGGAGUCACAUCGUGAGGUGCACAGCAAACAACUGGGCCGCCUGCGAGACGAGAUCAAUGAGAAGCAAAAGAUCAUCGACGACUUAACUGAUUGUAACCAGAGGCAGCAGCUGGAGCUAGAACAACUGCACAGUGACUUUGAACGUCUCAGAAGCCGAGAGCAUCACAAGAGCCGGCAGCUGGAGGAAUUGACAUUCCUCCACGAGCGACACGAACAAUCCAAACAGGAUCUCAAAGGCCUGGAGGAAACUGUUGCUCGUGAGCUCCACACCCUGCACAACCUCCGCAAGCUUUUCGUUCAAGACCUCACAACUCGAUUUAGAAAAAGUGCACAGAUGGAGCCUGAUGAUACUGGCGGAUACAUCACCCAGAAACAAAAGAUUUCCUUUCUUGAAAACAACCUGGACCAGCUUACAAAGGUUCACAAACAGCUGGUACGUGACAACGCAGAUCUGCGCUGCGAGCUUCCAAAACUGGAGAAACGUCUUCGGUCUACAGCCGAGCGAGUAAAGGCGCUCGAGGGUGCGCUGAAGGAGGCAAAAGAAGGAGCCAUGAAGGACCGCCAUCGCUACCAACAGGAGGUGGAGCGAAUCAAAGAUGUGAUGAGGGCCCGCGCUCCCUUCCGCCGACCCCACGCUGCGCUCAUCGCCAAGCCUGUACGCCCAGGCCACUACCCAGUCUGCUCUCCCACCAACCCCUUCUUUAUCCGAGGCUUCAGCGAUCAGCCCAUUGCCUUCUGCAACGCUGUUUUCCACAACAGGAACAAAGCAGCCCCUGCUUCUGCUGCUCCUGCUGCUCCCGCUGCUCCCGCUGCUCCCGCUGCUCCCGCUGCUCCUGCUGCUCCUUCGUCUCCUAUAUCUGCUUCUCCUACUUCUCCCUCAACACCAGAGAGUGAGCCCAGGCUACCUGAGUCCAACUCCAAUCAGAACAGCCCUGCCAAACACCUCGACUUCCAAAAUAAUGACGCACAUGACAGCAAUGUUCAAAACAAUAUGCCUCCGGCUGAAUCAGAAAGCCAAGCAGACAACGCUUCCGAAAUACUCGAUUCAGAAAACGGAAACACCACAGAUAUCAAUGACAACAGAACUGAUGUGUGUGACAAUCAGGACCCAGCUAAACUCUACAGUCUGCAGCCAGAAGCUUCAGCCAGCUAAUAGUCCUGAGCAGGUAAGAAAGCCGAAUGGGGAAGCUAUUUAUGGAGAAGAUACACUAUUAACAAUUCAUAACCAUUCAAAUUGGUCAUUAUUUAUAAUGGUUAUGAAUUCUGGUGGUAGGAGGACCCUGUGAAUUUCUC